AUGCCUGUCAACAGUCCAGUCUCGGCGCGGGGUACCCUGGAGGCGGGCCGAAGGCUGGCUGAGGACUGUGCCCACCGCUGGCGCGGGGAGGAGAGCGAGAACCACCUGAGCCGGGUGUACCUUUCGUGCCCUGCGUUCCCAGCCUGGCCCUCAGUCCACGGCGCUGAAAGAGGGGCAGGGGAUCAGAGGUGGCGGGGAGAUCCAGGUGAAAAAUUAAGGCUUAAGGAACUAGAGUCCCUGCAACAAGUGGAUGGAUUCGAAAAGCCCAAGCUCCUUCUAGAACAGUAUCCAACCAGGCCGCGCACUGCAGCAUGUAUGCUCUACACAAUUCAUAACACACAUGAUGACACUGACAAUAAAGUGGUUACAGAUCUAGGAUGUGGCUGUGGAGUGCUUAGCAUUGGAACUGCAAUGCUGGGAGCAGGGUUGUGUGUUGGAUUUGACAUAGAUGAAGAUGCACUGGAAAUAUUUAAUAGGAAUGUAGAAGAGUCUGAGUUAACAAAUGUUGACAUGGUUCAGUGUGAUGUGUGCUCAUUAUCUAACAGAAUGUCCAAGUCAUUUGAUACAGUAAUUAUGAAUCCUCCCUUUGGGACCAAAAAUAAUAAAGGGACAGAUAUGGCCUUUCUGAAGACUGCUUUGGAAAUGGCAAGAACAGCAGUAUAUUCUUUACACAAAUCCUCAAAUAGAGAACAUAUUCAAAAGAAAGCUGCAGAACGGAAAAUCAAGAUAGAUAUUAUUGCAGAGCUACAAUAUGACCUGCUGGCAUCAUACAAGUUUCAUAAAAGAAAAUCAGUGGACAUUGAAGUGAACCUAAUUCGGUUUUCUUUUUAA